UUAUUUUAUUAUUAUUGUUCCAUUAAUUAAAAUUGUAGAAUACUUUUUCUUUCAAAAGAAAAAAAAAGGAUAGGAAAAUAUUUUAUAAUAUACAAUGAUUAUGAUAAUUGUGCUUUAAUAUUUGUCCAUUAUUGUGAUUGUAUAAUUACUUUUAAAAAAUUAAUUAUUUAUAAUGAAAUUCUAAAUGUCGCCAGAAACUUCUUUGUUAUUCUCAAAAUUUAGUAUUCUGCUAACUUGUUGUUGGCCACCAUUAUUAAAUGCGAGCAAAUUAGAAAUUUUUAUUCGUGAUGUCCUAUCAUUAUUGGCAUUUAUUUCUGCAUUUUGCCUACUAAUUCCACUUUUAUGUUCAGUUUAUCAAGAUCGUGGAAAUUCACUUGUAAUGUUAAAUUCCAUGUUUAUUUCUUGUGGAGUUUCUCUUCUUGCAAGUAAAAUCGUCAUCUGCAGAAUUCAUCGCUAUCGUUUGCAGUAUAUUUUAAAGGAAAUAUCACAUUUUUUAAGUCAAACAAAUAAAAGAGAAAGAGAAACAAUGCAAAAUUAUACAAAUAAGUAUGGAAUGUUACAUACCUUUUUCACAAUUUCCAAUUAUAUGGGAUCCUUGGUAGUUAUACUAGGCCCCUUAUACAUGUCAUCACGUUUUCCAACCGAUGCCAAAUAUCCUUUUUCAUUAGAUUCAAAAUCAAUUAAAUAUAUUAUUUAUGCACAUCAAACAUUAUGUGGCUUUCAAGUUUCAGCUGCUAUGAGCAUUGAAUGUUUAGUGGGAUAUCUUUUAUGGUUCGUUGCAGCAAGAUUUGAUUUGUUAUCUCAAGAUUUUAGAUUUGCCAAAGAUGAAAAAGAAUUUUGUUUAUGUAUUAAAAAGCACCAAAAAUUAUUGAGUUUUGCAGAUGAAAUUAUGAAAACUGUUUGUUUUCUCAUUUUUACAACCAUAUCGGUUGCAACGGCCGGAAUGAUUUUUGGUGGUAUACAUAUUUUUACACCAGAAGCAAUAAUCAUAAAAAUACAAUCUGUAGUUAUUGUUUGUGCUGGAUGUGGAUUAUUAUUCGUAUCGUCCUGGUCAGCUGAAUAUGUAAUCUUUAUGUCAUGCAACAUUGGAAUGGAAAUUUAUAAUUCAUCAUGGAUUGGACUUUCGCCAAAAUCAGUAAAAUUAAGAAUGAUUGUUAUUAGAAGAUCACAGAAGCCAGUAACAAUGAAAAUAGGAGGAAUUAUGCCAACUUUGUCUUUAUCCUAUUAUGCGAACUAUCUUUCUAAUGUAGCAUCUUAUCUUGUUGCCGUCAAAAUUUUAGUGAAUAUGAAUGAGAAACCCGAUUUUAAAUCCAUGCAAUAAAUUUUCAGGGAUAAUACCUAGUCUUUGGAUAG